AGGACCCUACUUCUCAGUUUCCUACGUGCAGGUGAAGAAGAUGGGUGGCUUGGGGCUGCUGGCUAUGGACGUGCCAGAGAAGUACAAGGGAGCAGGUCUCGACUACCUGGCCUAUUCCAUUGCGGUGGAGGAGAUCAGCCGGGGCUGCGCGUCCACCGGCAUCAUCCUCAGCGUCAACAACUCUCUGUAUUUAGGGCCAAUACUCAAAUUUGGCUCUGAAGAACAGAAGCACAAAUGGAUUGCGCCCUUCACUAGUGGAGAGAAGAUUGGAUGUUUUGCCCUUAGUGAACCAGGAAACGGCAGCGACGCGGGUGCGGCAUCCACGGUGGCACGCCUGGAUGGGGAGGAGUGGGUGCUGAACGGCACCAAGGCCUGGAUCACCAACGCCUGGGACGCCUCGGCCGCUGUGGUGUUUGCUACUACGGAGAAAGCCCUGAAGCACAAGGGCAUUAGUGCGUUCCUGGUUCCCAUGCCAACUGCUGGGCUGUCGCUGGGGAAGAAGGAAGACAAGCUGGGAAUCCGAGCCUCUUCCACUGCCAACCUGAUAUUUGAGGACUGUCGGAUACCCAAGGCAAAUCUGCUGGGGCAGCUGGGAAUGGGCUUCAAAAUCGCCAUGCAAACGCUGGACGGGGGGCGGAUCGGCGUCGCCUCCCAGGCGCUCGGCAUCGCGCAGGCGGCUCUGGACUGCGCUGUGGACUAUGCUGAGAAGAGGCUGGCCUUUGGGGCGCCCAUCACGAAGCUGCAGGCGGUGCAGUUCAAGCUGGCAGACAUGGCCGUGGCCUUGGAGGGCGCGCGCCUGCUGACCUGGAGAGCCGCCAUGCUGAAGGACAACGGGAAGCCCUUCACAAAGGAAGCGGCGAUGGCCAAACUGGCUGCAUCAGAAGCUGCAACAGCCAUCUCUCAUCAGGCCAUGCAGAUCCUGGGUGGGAUGGGCUACGUGACGGAGAUGCCCGCGGAGCGGCACUACCGCGACGCGCGGAUCACCGAGAUCUACGAGGGGACCAGUGAGAUCCAGAGGCUGGUGAUAGCAGGGCAGCUGCUGAAGGCUUACCGCAGCUGA